CGCGAGUAAGGUGCACAGCUAGCUGCCGCCUCUCCUCGUGGGACAGGCCCCGGGCGGAGACUCCUGGCAUCCCGGGGAUCAGCAGGGAGCGCAGGAGCGCCACCGCGGUGGAGAGGGAUCCAGGGGUAUACUGCAGACCUCCAAAUGUUGGAUGCUGAGAUUCAGCAGAGAAUGAGCCCCCCAGCCUCCAUUCAUCCAUAAGCCACUCUUCCCACCGGCUCUACCACCAUCCAUUGUCCUCAUGUCUACCUUACUCCUUAAUCUGGAUUUUGGGGAACCUCCUCCCAAAAAGGCAUUGGAAGGAAAUGCCAAGCACCGAAAUUUUGUCAAAAAGCGGCGGCUCUUGGAACGGAGAGGCUUUCUGAAAAAAAAGAACCAGCCCCCUAGCAAGACACCUAAGUUACACUCAGAACCUCCAAAGAAAGGGGAAACAACUCGGGUGGAUGGUACUUGGAAGACCUCUCCCCUUGCAGAAAAGAAGAAGACCGCUGCUGCCAAUAGUGGGUCAGAGCAGUGCCUGGACAAGAAAGCCACAGUGUCUUGGCUGACCCCUGCCCCUUCAAAGAAGACUGAUUCUCUUACAGCUAAAGUAGAUUUGCUGGGAGAGUUCCAGAGUGCCCUUCCGAAGGUCAAGAGCCGUCCAGCCCGUCCCAAGAAGAAGGCCCCCCAGAAAAAGCCACCUCAGAACUCGACUGAGAAGAAUGCCCCCCAGAAGUCCACCCAAGCUCAUUCAGAGAAUAAGAGCUCUGGAGCAUCCCAGAAAUUGCCGACUAAGAUGGUGGCCAUCGACUGUGAGAUGGUGGGCACAGGACCCAAGGGGCACGUGAGCUCCUUGGCUCGAUGUAGCAUCGUCAGCUAUGACGGAGAUGUGCUCUAUGAUGAGUACGUCCGGCCCCCCUGCCACAUCGUGGACUACCGGACCAGGUGGAGUGGUAUCCGGAAGCAGCACAUGGUGAAUGCUACCCCCUUCAAGAUUGCUCGCAGCCAGAUCCUGAAGAUACUCACAGGGAAGAUCGUGGUGGGGCACGCCAUCCACAACGACUACAAAGCCCUCCAGUACUUUCACCCCAAGUCCCUCACCCGCGACACCUCCCACAUUCCCAUCCUUAACCGAAAAGCCGACUGCCCCGAGAAUGCCACCAUGUCUCUGAAGCCAUUUUUUUUCCGGGAUAUCCAGACUGGCAAAAGUGGACAUUCCUCUGUGGAAGACGCCCAGGCCACUAUGGAGCUGUACAAGUUGGUUGAAGUGGAAUGGGAACAGCACCUGGCCCAGAAUCCCCCGAAAGACUAGCAGCAGUGAUAAGGACUCUGGUGAUACGGGAAGGCAGAGGCGGCUCCCGGGAGAAGCAGGCAGUGGACCAGUGGAUGGCUCAGCCAGCUCCACACUUGUGGAAGCUCCAAUUGCUAGGGGGAGAGAGGCUCUGCCCAGCUCUAAUAUCCACUGAAAUUGCACCUGAGCUAUUGUGUCCUGUGUCUGGUUAAGUGUCCUACAGCUGGAAGGCCGCCUAUACCGUGUACCUCUGUAGUGGUGCUAGCCUCUGGCCCCAGGGUGCUUCGUAGCAGUCAAGCUUUUUGACUGUCAAGAGGCAUACUGGAAAACAGAGUCCCAAACUGCCUCGUCACCAGGGUGGCCGGAUA